UAUUGAAUAAGGAAAAAAGAAAAAUAGUUGAACGAAAAAUAUGCAAGAGUAUGCUCCAAGUCGUUAUAAAAUAUUGGAAAAAGUUGGUGAAGGAGUUCAUGGUAGCGUUUUUAAAGCUAUCGAUUUAAAACGUAAUCGUUUCGUUGCAAUUAAGAAAGUUGUUCUAAAAAAUAAAUUUGGCAAUAUUUCGUUAAACACAGUACGGGAAAUAAAAAUUCUGCAAUUGGUCAAUUGCGAAUAUAUCGUUAAUAUUUUGGAAGUAUUUCCCGAUUUAAUUGGUCUGGGUAUGGUUUUAGAAUAUAUGCCCGAUACGUUAUAUGGUAGAUUGAAAAAUGAUAGCAAUCCUCUAAGUAGGCAACAAGUUCGCAAAUAUACACAAAUGAUGUUAAUGGGUAUCGAGUAUUUACAUCUCAAGGAAAUAAUGCAUAGGGACAUAAAACCAGCGAAUUUAUUAAUAAAUGGAAAUGAUAUACUAAAAAUUGCUGACUUUGGUUUGGCUCGUCUAUACUUUCCUGAGGCAAAUAAUCGUUUAUAUUCACCUCAAGUAUCGACCCGUUGGUAUCGGGCACCAGAAAUUUUAUGGGGUUGCCAAAAAUAUGGACCACCUGUCGAUAUUUGGGCUGCGGGAUGCGUUCUAGCUGAAAUGUUAAGGGGAGUACCUUUAUUUGCGGGCACCACCGACAUUGAACAACUGGCUUUGGUAAUACGUACUUUAGGGACGCCGCGUCUUAAUGAAUGGCCUGAAUUAACUUCUUUACCGGAUUAUAAUAAAAUCAGAUUUCCCAAUGCGACCGGCAUACAAUGGGAUAAAUUAUUUCCCAGUUGCACUUAUGGCAUAGAGAUUGAUCUGGUUGCCAAUUUAGUUGUAUAUAAUCCAAGGAAUCGAUUAACAGCUUCUGAGGCUAUUAAACAUGAUUAUUUUCUUUAA